UGUUGGCCGGGAGAGAGGCGCCGCCGCCGGCGCCAUGUUGACCGGGAGCGGGGCGGGACGAGGCGCCGCCGCCAUGUUGGCCGGGAGCGGGGCGGGACGAGGCGCCGCCGCCGCCCCGUUGACCGGGAGCGGCCGCCGCGCCGUGACGUUAGACGGGGCAGCGGGGGCAGCCGCCUCCAUCUUUGCUGGGCGAUGUCACCGGGCGCCAGCCCCGCUGCAUAACACCGAGUCCCUGUCCCCGCCGCCCCGGAGGGUCUUCCCGUGAGGGAGGGGUUGCCCGGUACUGCUGGCACCCGCAGCUCCCCGGCGGAGCGCAUCGGCUCCGCUGCCGUUCCCCCCGGAGCCCACACGCACGCCCCCGCCGUUUGGCUGCCCCGGCUCCCCGCACACCCCCCUCUCUCCCCGCGGCUGCUCGCCCGGGAGGCGCGGCCGGAGCCCCGCCACUUGCCGAGUCACCGCCGGGCGGCUGCGGGGCGGAGCCGGGGGGAGGGCGGGCCGGGCCGCCGGGCGGGGCCUGCGCCGCAUCGGGACCAGUCGGCAGCUCCUGCAUCCCGGGCUCCGAGCAUCCUCCGGGCGGGGGCCGUGUACCGCGGCGCCUCCGCACCGGGCUCCGCAUCCCGGGCUGGGCCAUGGCGGAGAUCACCAGCGUGCACCCCGGCUUCGAUGUCUCUCCCGUCGUGGCAGGUCUCAUCGGUGCUACUGUCCUGGUGGUGUCUGUCUCAGUAACAGUUUUUGUGUGGACAUGCUGUCACCAGCAAGCAGAAAAGAAGCACAAAACCCCACCUUAUAAAUUCAUUCACAUGUUGAAAGGCAUCAGUAUCUACCCUGAGACCUUGAGUAACAAGAAGAAGAUCAACCGGAUCCGGAGAGACAAGAGCGGCACCCCCAAGGAGGCUGCCAGGGGAAACCUCUUGGUGGAUGCUGCUGAAUCUGGUUUAAUAGGCUCUGACAAGGCUCCAGAUGGGUCAAAUGCAGCCCCCCACGUCAACCAGCUCCCAAUAAAAGUAGAUUAUGGAGAUGAACUAAGUCCAGAUCAAAGCCUCACCCCGGGAGGAAGCAAAACCUCCUCCCCGUCUUCCCCAGGGGACGACGUCCUGUUGGGUGAGCUGACUUUCUCAGUGGACUACAACUUCCCUAAAAAAGCUCUGGUGGUUACCAUUCAGGAGGCUCACGGGCUGCCAGUGAUGGAUGAACACACCCAGAGCUCUGACCCUUACAUCAAGAUGACAAUCCUCCCAGAUAAGAGGCACCGAGUGAAGACUCGUGUCCUGCGCAAGACGCUGGAGCCGGUGUUUGACGAGACCUUCACCUUCUAUGGGAUCCCCUACAGCCAGCUCCAGGAUCUGGUGCUUCACUUCCUUGUGCUGAGCUUCGAUCGCUUCUCUCGAGAUGAUGUCAUUGGAGAGGUGAUGGUGCCCCUUGCAGGGGUGGAUCCAAGCACUGGCAAGGUUCAGCUGACCAGGGAGAUCCUCAAAAGGAACAUACAAAAAUGCAUUAGCAGAGGGGAGCUCCAAGUCUCCUUGUCCUACCAGCCCGUGGCGCAGAGAAUGACCGUGGUGGUGCUGAAAGCCAGACAUUUGCCAAAGAUGGAUAUCACUGGCCUCUCAGGUAAUCCCUACGUGAAGGUGAACGUUUACUACGGAAGGAAGCGCAUCGCCAAGAAGAAAACUCACGUGAAGAAAUGCACUUUGAACCCGGUCUUCAACGAGUCCUUCAUCUAUGACAUCCCAGCUGACCUCCUCCCUGACAUCAGCAUCGAGUUCCUGGUCAUCGAUUUCGACCGUACCACCAAGAACGAAGUGGUGGGUCGGCUGAUCCUGGGCGCCCACAGCGUGACGGCGGCCGGCGCCGAGCACUGGCGGGAGGUGUGUGAGAGUCCUAGGAAGCCAGUGGCCAAAUGGCACAGCCUGAGCGAGUACUAGGCAGAGGUUGAGGCAGAACAGACUCCAAGGAAACCUUCUUUUAGCUGUUAGAACUAAAACCCUUCGUGAGAAGCAGCGGCUGAUUGGUUCUCUAGUGACGUGGUUUUGUUUUCCUGGUCUGGGGUUUGGUUUCAGUUUUAGUUUCGUUUGGUUUUUGGUUUCUGGUUUUUUUUUUUGCAGGGCACUAAAACUCUAAAGAGCAUUAAAAACAACAAAAAAAGAGAUACCACAACUAUAUAUAACAGUGUAACCACUCUAUUGCAUGCCUAAUACAGACUGAGAUGAGUAUAACUACCACUAUGGAGUCGCAGACUUUAAUCCAAUUAUCUUGUCACUUAUGGAAGUUGUGUUUGUGCCGAAACUGUCUUUGCUGGUAUUCACCCAGAUUUGGCCUGUCUUUUUUUCUUAGGGCUUCUCCCAAAGUCACUGAAUUCUGCUGUUUUGAACCUCUAGUUUCAUUGGUAGUUUGCCUGACCCGUUUGUUCUCGCGGUGCUGUUGCUUUGCUGGUUGGGGAGCAGCGACCGCCUUGCCGGGUGAAGGUGGUUUAGAGUUCUGCACGAGUGGGAAAGGGGAGAGCCAAGGGCAAAGUGGCAUUUGCCUUCAGAGGAGAAAUAGUUCUGGUGUCAGGAAAUACUUGCCUUGUGCUUGUGGAGCUGUGAGGUCGCCACCUCAGAGAUCUGUGUCUGAAAUGCAAAGGGGUCACCUUGUGGAAGUUACCACAGGCCAGCUGGGGAAACUCUGCUCUGCUUCAUUUGACCCUGCCUGUGCAUGAAGGGCCCAAGGAAGGAAACAAAACCUGUCACUGAUUGGUAAGGAAACUCUUGCUAUUCUCUUUUAAAUGUGAAAUCCUGCAUGAUUGCCAAGUCCUGUUACAGUGGCAUAACCUCAGAUGGAAAAGUAUCCUGGGGCAAGAGGUUUGAAGUGAAAAAGUUCCCUUCAUUCAGCCUUCAGCCACUACACAUGACCUUGUAGUCACCCAAGAGCCUAGGCCUCAAAACACAGGGCAAGGCCUGGCACUACACAAUGCUUCAGACUCUUUUAAGAGGUUGUUUGUCAGAGUUUCAAGGCAGCUUGGGUUAGUUCUUGAGUUGUGAAUGACUGCUGAGAGGGAGGAUGUGCUCAGCAGCACCUCUGAAGUGGGGAAAACCUUCCUUGACAAGGAAGGUUUUAAGCUAUUAACCCUGAGUUAACAGCUAUUUAAGCUAUUGGCCCUGAGCAGGCUCUAGUUUAGAGAACAGAAGUUUGGAGAGUUCCAGCAAUUCAGAAGCAGCUGCUUUAGGGCUCGUGGUGAACACAGUAACAUCCUGGCAGGAAACUCAGUUUGGGUUCUUAUUACAUUCAAGCCAGGAACGGUGUCAGGAUGAUAAUUGGCAGCAAAGAAUCGAUUGUCAACAUUAUGGGUAAACUGAGUGGAAAGAGAAACUGAAAUCAUUCCUAAACUCUCCAAUGGAAUUCCAACACAGAGCUUGAGCUUGCAAAGAGGCUCCUAGACUGCAAAUCUGAGCUGUUCCCAGGCAGCCACUCUGUUCAGUGCCCUGUGGAAUGCAAAGAAUGCAUUAUAAGCAAACCAAUUCAGAUCCUUUAACUCCUCACAGCACCUGACUGCUGAGUUUUACAGCCCUGGUGAAAAAAAAGUGAUCCUUUCCACCUUGGUAUUAGUGGAAGUAGAAGAAGUGAGUAAGUCUCAACUUGGGUUUCCUCUCCAGGCACCCUGUAAAGCAGCAGCUGCUGGGAGGGCUCUGUGCAGACAGUCAGCACUUUGUCAGCAGGCAACACACAGCAUCUCUUCCCAAGAAACUGGGUUUGGAAAGCUGAAUUUUCUCACUCACAGUGAAACUCACUGAAACUUCCUUCCUCUUAGAAGCUGAAGCUCUUUAUUCCUCAGCCUUGCAUGACAGAGAGGCCUGGACUUGGUUCAUUGAUCCAGGGUCCAUAUCCAUCCCCAGGAUUUCUGCCUGAGGUUCCAGCAGAUCUUAUCUUUGUCCUAAAUGCUUUUUAAGCUCGUGCUCUAUAAGUGGCUCAACAGCCACAAACCAGAGAACAAGCUCUCCCUUGGCAAUCAGUGCAGAUCUAUCCCCCAUCCUAGUUUUUGCACUAAGCAGCUGCGUUGCUGAACUCCAGCAACCGUCACACGCCUUUCCCUCGCAGCCUUGAAACCAAGGUGGUCUUUAGUUGAAAGAUGAACUUCUCGUCAAGGAAACAUGCUCAGGGUAAAUAGACUUAGGCUAUUGGGCAGAUAGGAGUAGCUCCAACACUCUUCUGAAAUGAUAGGAAGCUGAAGAUGUGCAGAGAUAUAUUUUUUAACACGUAGGUCAGAGGGGAAAGCGAUGGCGGAGUCACUGUAAAAUCUCCCGGGUGUGGUUUGUUCUUUACCUUCGUGUCUUCUACUGUAAAAACAAAACAGAAAACAAGAUUAACUUGGACAGUUACAACUUGGUGUGGAAAAAAAACCCAAAUAAAAGCCAAAAAAAAAUAUAUAUCUAUCUAAUAAUAUAACCCAACAA